CGGAGACUUCAAAGCGACUGAUGCUGUGACCUCAUAGAACACACAUCAUAACGCAGCACUCUGAAACGCAUAUAGGCAGGUGUUAGUAGCAGGCACUAUCAUUCAGUCCAGUCAAUGCACCGGAACCAGACACACGAGGUCGCCCAGAUGACUGCACCGUCCAGCUAAUGUGCAACAUGGCCGCUCAGAUGGUGAAGCUCUGCACGAACUCUGUCAAAACCCCACUGGUGCAAUAUAAAAUCCCACAAGAACGAUGCAUCGACAGCCUCUUCAGCCAACUGGAGGUGCGCAUCGGCUUUCUUGCUUCCGCUCUCUUCACGGAAUGGGAUCAGAGAGCUGAAGAAGGCUUUAUAAAAGAUCUUUUCCGGGUGUCGUGUGGGAGAUUCGCCCACUGCACGUCCUGCACCCAGCAGGAAAUUCAGGUACAGGAAAUUCAGACAGACAAUUGUUCUGUCCCACACAGAGAACAACCAGACAAAGAUCUGGAGUCCUCGCUGUCUGUGGAACUGUCACAAAUGCCAAAACUAGAAGAAGCCUCAGAGGUAGAAACAGAGCCUGAAGAAGCAGCCGUGGCCUCUGAGGAGCAGAAACCCUCUGCGUCACCUCGAGGUGAACCAGAGGGAAAAAGGCUCCUCAGCACACUCCUUCAAGCUGUGCUUUUCCAGGCUGCAAAAGAAUCCAAAGCCUGCCCCUUAGACUCCCUCCACCAGCACCUGUUAGAUCAAAUCUGCUCUGAAAUAAAAACAGCAGAUUUGACUUUAUCACCAAAGGCCCUACAAGACCUUGCAAAGGACAUUUUCAAAGACCUCUGCAAGGAAAUUCCAUUGAAUUUAAGAGAGCCGACACUGGACAAACUUUUCAUCUCUGUGUUUAAGAAACACCUGGCAUCUACAGAGAAACUUGUCCGAGAGUCUUCUGAAAUCAAGGCUCAGAAGCAGCUUUCAGUUGAUGUCUGCGUGGACGAACUUGUCAUGCGUGCUUUCAAAAAAGCACGCGUUUCCUACACAGAUGAUACAAUUUCUGCAAUUAAGAACCGCUUGGUCAAGAAGAUCUGGGCUGAGGUCCAAGAUAUUGAUUUUCAACCUUCCUCGAAGACCUUCAAAACCUCACACAAGGUCAUUUACAAAUCUCUACUUAAGGAGUGGAAGGAUCCCGAGUGUGUCAUGAUUUUAAUUUGCUUCAACCAGCAAGCAGCUGAGGAAACAGUCAUCACGACAUUUAAAGAACAUCUGAUGUCGGCAGCGGCGCCAGCAGGUCGUAUCAGCAGGUUCAUGUCAUUUCUGGGUCGGUGUUUCGGCAUCACCCGCAGACAACAGUCGGUGUCUCCCCUGUAA